AUGAAAUAUCCACUACGAACCCAGAGUGUCAAGCUGUCUCGCAUUCCUCUGCAGACGGGGGAGACAGGAAGUCAGUACCUUAUCAGGGGUUCAGAGGCAAUGGAGGAUUGUGUGCAGGGGGCACUCUCAUCACUUUAUCCUCCUUUUGAGAGCACAGCACCUCCCCUCCUUUCUCAGGUCUUUUCAGUCUUGGAGUCAACCUAUCAACAUGACAGUCUUCGCUACCUCCUAGACUACUUUGUUCCUGCCAAGCACCUCCUGCAUAAACUCCAGCAGCAUGCCUGCUCUCAGUACUUGGGCUGCUUGUUCCUUCACUCUGGCUGGCCACUCUGUCUUGGCGAGAAGGUAGUCGUCCAACUAUCCACCUUAGACUGGAGGCUCCUCCGAAGUAAUGACUUCUACCUGCAGGUGGUGCCCUUCUCUACACGCUGCCCCAGGCUGGCCCUAAAAUGUCUGGCCCCUGGGGGGCGUACCGUUCAGGAAAUCUUGGUACCUGAGUCACAGCACCCCCUCGUGUUCACCACCGAGUGGCUGCACAGUGUCAACAAGGAACGAGGCCACAAGAGAGAAGUUGGAGGAGGACUUGACACAUGCCUGGUCAGUACAUCUGAUGGUGUGGUUCGACUUCCAUGGAAGGAAGUUGUCUAUCCAAAAUUCAUCCAUGACCCUUCUGAGGAACUGGGCCUGAUGUCAAACCACAAGGGCUCCAACCGCCUUCCCAGUGAGGGUGGCAGCAGCCUUGGGGGCUGGGGUGGCUCAUCCUCUGGGGAACUGGACUCUUGGUCCUGGGAUGAGGAAGAAGAUGACAAUAUACCACCAGAUGGCUUGGACUCUGAGUCUGCAAUCUCCAGGCGAAGGCGGAGUGAGGAUGGGCUUGGGCGGUCAGGAAGGCACCCUCAACUUGACGGGGACUAUGUGGAGCUGCUGGAGCCCAGAGGAGGUCCUGAUGGAGGGGUUGACCCAAGGCAGAGGUACCUGGAGAUGCAUGGAAUCUGUAAGACCAAGACUUUGCCUCUUUGCAGGAGAGGCAAGGCCAUCAAACUUCGCAAAGGAAAGGCAUGGGGAUAUGGGAGAAUGGAAAAGUCAGGAAGCUUUCGAACUGUACUUGGUGCCAAAGGGGACACUGUGACCCCCAAGAGUGAUGUGCCCCCACCUCUGCCUCCGCCAGGAGUCACUGAACCCAGCAGAGGAAGGCGGUCUUACUCUUCCUUUGGCCAUGAUUCUGAUGAAGGAGAUAAAACAAGAGAGUCUGAGGACCUAGAAAGCAGUCAACUUUAUUUUGAUGACUCAUUCAAAGAAAGGAGGCCAGGCGUGGUCUUACACAGCCAUGCAGAGACAACCACCAAAGUAAAGAUUCAGAGAGUGGUGACAGUUUGGUCACAAAUGAAAUCCAGGACUUGA